AUUGUGCCGCUAGAUUUUUCAAGGAGUGUGAUCGAGUGCUGCAGCGUUGAAAAAAAAAUGUUGAACGAUUAUGUUCAAGAUUGGAUUUAACGCCGCCAUGUUGAUUUCAUCAGUUUUCUUCUUUUUUAUGUUUUUCUCAUCCUUUCUCUCCCGCCAAAAAGCAGAUAGGACUAGGGAGUACUCGGAAAACCUAAGGUUGCAGAAGAAACUUCCUCAUGCUAUAGUAAUAGGUGUAAAAAAAGGCGGCACGAGAGCUUUAUUGGAAUUCUUACGUAUUCAUCCAGACGUCGGAGCUCCUGGACCGGAAGUACAUUUCUUUGACAAGCGAUACGGGAACGGACUGGAAUGGUACAGGCAACAGAUGCCGUCAACUCUUUCCGAUCAGCUGACCAUCGAAAAGACGCCCAGUUACUUCGUAAUGAAGGACGUACCGAGACGUGUUUAUGAAAUGUCGCCAUCUGUCAAGUUGAUUGUAGUAGUACGGGAUCCCGUAACGAGAGCUAUAAGUGAUUAUACGCAACAGUUAUCAAAACGUCCAAACAUUCAGUCAUUUGAAAAGUUUGUCUUUGUCGACGAUCAAAGUAAAGUGAUUAACUCUUCAUGGGCCGCUAUCCGCAUAGGCAUAUAUGCUAAACACCUUCGCAGAUGGCUCGAUUACUUUUCAUUGGCCCAAAUUCAUUUUGUUAACGGUGAACGCCUUGUUACCGAUCCUGCUGGUCAACUGGCUAAAGUAGAAAGCUUUUUGGGCUUAAGGCCUAUAAUCAAACCUAGUAAUUUUUAUUAUAAUGAAACGAAAGGCUUCCCAUGCCUUCGAAAAUCUGGAGAAAGUAUUCAGUGCCUGGGCAAAACAAAGGGCCGAAUUCAUCCAACCAUUUCCGAGGAAGUAGUCGAGAGAUUAAGAGCUUUUUUCCGACCGUUUAACGAACGAUUCUACAGAAUGACUGGUAGGAAUUUUGGCUGGUCUUAGAAAAACAUGAAUGAUCUUUAUCUACUUGUAUUUUUUAAUAAUGACAAAUGAUGUAAAAAGGGGGCGGUGUGAGAAAUUACGUCAACUCCACCCCGUUUUUCAGGGUUAUUUCAAUCUCUCUCUCGCUCUCUCUCUCAAACGUUAUAACCGUUUACCCCUCACUCAACAUUCUUCUCUUGUCCUUUAUGUACAACAGCGAGGGGGGAGUGAGGGGAGGAAACGGAGGGGGAGAAAGGCGGCUACGCUGUUCCGUUUAUGUUUUUCUUUUUUGUUGUGUAUAUUUGUACAGGCAAGCGUUGUUGUUGAAAUUGUUCAGAGAUUACUUUUCACUUAUAAUAAACCUCAUUCGCAGUAAAUUCUGUCAUUUAUCGUCUAUCUUCUAUAUUUUGUAUUAACUAUACUUUCUAAAUGUGUAUACUUGUAUAUUUAUGGAUAAGAGGAAGAGGGACAUUCUAUACGCGACUGCUUUAAUCUCUUUUUCCGCGUCUAUCUUCCUAGGGAGACAAAGAAUCGUAUAUCUCGUCACGCCCUUCCCCUUGUCGAAAUUUUUUUCUUUUACCUCGCCACCCUCCUACAGUCGUGCAGAUAAGGGCUCGUAUUCGAUUUCGAUCGUUAGCAGCUUAAGUUACGCUUCUAAAAGAAACAUUCGAUAACUGAUUAGGUAAGAAGAGAGUAUGAGGUGCUAUGAGGACUGUUAGAUGGCUUUGAAAUGAAAUAAGAUGAAUAGCAAUGAAUAAUUCGUAUAAGAAUUCGAGCGUUUCCAUAAAGAAAAAUAGGCCUACUCUCUCGUUCCGCUAUCAUUCAACCGUUUCGUUUCCGCUCUCGUCAUUUUGCCUUAAACAUACAGUAACCCCCUGCAGUUCCUCCAACCGAAAAAUAAUCCGCCCCUCUUUUACCCCCUUGUCCCUUUACCGGAACGGUUUGAAGAAGUAUUUGGCCCAAAAAAACAUGGAUUUUCUCUUCUAUUCAGAUUCCAAAUCUAGAGAGAACACUAAAGAAUGAACAGACCAAAUAAAUAAAUAAAUACGGUAAAGUUCGUUUGCUUAAACUACAUGAUAGGCUUAUCAGUUUGCGGAAAGAAAAAGAGUUAGCGAGAGCAUCCUGAGCCGCGGGAAGGAUAAAUAAAG